GCUGGACGUUGAGGAAGUCUGCACCCGAUGAAGCUCGCUUUGGAUCAAGCUCGUCUCGCAGCCGUUCCCACUUGCUGCGCUUAAAUUCAGCACGCGGUUCCUAUUCGAUGCAAAGGCAUGGCGAGCGAGUCAGUAAUAGUGCUUUGCCGAAUGUAGGAACUCGCACCGACGUAGUGCCCUACCAACGCUGCACAAUUGGUGACCUCGACAAUGCAGUGCAUGCGGCGUUGAGGUCUUGACAUAGUGGUCUGGUGAAAUCCUUCGUUCCUGGCGGUUGGAUUUUUAAGUAAAACUCAUUUACCUCUCAUUUGUUGCAAGGUCUGUAGCUGCCCAGCCCCAAUUCAGUCUCAUCUCAGCAAGUUACCAUGUCUACGAAAGAAAUUCGAAUCCGCCCAGCAGGUUGGGAGAACGCUCCCGCAGAAGAGCGGUUCGCUCUCUCUGAUAUGGAUCACACGAUGCCGAAGAUCUAUGUCCAGAUAGUAGAGAUAUUUAGGCUCACACAACCCGUGGACAAGGCUGAGAUUGUGGACAGCAUGGCCAAGGGUCUGGAAUUUACCUUGAGUCAGUUCCCCAUCCUUGCCGGCGGCUUGAAGAUGGAUGCGGAGAACGGUCGAUUGUGGGUGACGAAAAAGAAGGAUGGUGAGGCUAGUCUGUUCGUGCAGGACUUGGAAGAGACUUUCCCGUCGUUCGAUGAGCUGGAUAGGACCGAUUUUCCCGCCGCAACUUUCAAAGGGCACUUGCUCUUGCCAAAAGCGGUGACAGAGAAACAGCUAUUCUCGCCUCUUGGGGAUAAUCAAAAAGACGAUCUCAUUGUAUCGACAUUCCAGAUCAACUUCAUCAAAGGCGGUCUUGUACUUGGUAUUGCUAUUCACCAUAACUGUUCUGAUGGCCCAGGAUGCGACGGGUUUCUCACUACUUGGGCGAGGAAUUCCAAAGCAGUGAUCAAUGGGACUGCCUUCGAAGUAGUUCCCCAUGGUACAAUGGAUCGAUCGCGUCUCAGUGCGAAGAAACCGGAAGCUGCGCGGUGGAAAGAACUUGACCGCAAGUUUCCUGUGCUCAAGGAUGGCGGUGGACCCCCUCCACCACCACCGGCUGAUUUCAAGAUGCCAGAAUUGGCUCUCCGGAUGUGGCAUUUCCCUAAGAGUAAGACGGAGCAACUCAAAUCUCAAGCGAUGGCGAAGACAGGAGAAAGUUGGAUCUCGACCUACGAUGCAAUAAUGUCGAUUCUCUGGAAGAGCAUCACACGAUCCAAGCUCGACCUUCUGCACCCUGACCUUGCCAAGGAGGUCAUACUGGUACACGCGGUAAAUACACGAAAGAUACUGGACCCGCCUUUGCAAGAGACAAUGAUGGGCAAUGCAGUCGCGCUUCCCCGCACGGAGCCAAUAAAGAUUUCCGAACUCAUCGCCGAAAAUAAUCUUCCGGAAAUUGCGCAAAGAGUGCGAAACUCGAUCAAGACCAUCACUCCACAGUACGUCGCUGAGCUACCUGAGUGGAUCGCAGGACUAGACGAUAGACGAUGGAUAAGCAUUAAUAUGAGCUCGUUCCUGGGUAUGGACUUGGCGGGCACGAGCUGGCAAGGCAUGAAUGUAUACCAAAAACACGAUUUCGGUUUUGGUGUUGCGAAAGCCAUCCGGUUUCCGGAUCCCCAGUUCGAAGGCUAUGUUUUUGUAUACCCAAGCAGGGCGGAUGUCAAGGACAAUGCCGUCGACGAAGGUAUUGAGGUAUGUGUGUGCUUGGAAAAAGGAUGCCAUGAUCGAUUGAUGAAGGACACGGAGUUGCUCAGAUAUGCACAGCCUCGUGGUAGCUAGACAGGAAUUGUUUUGGUAGUAUUGCACGGCUCCUAGUAUGGCAGUCCGCGAGGGCAGAGUGCCUUCAUGUUUGCUCCAAGUCGUGGUACUCCGUAGCGAAAGGCGGUUCCGAACCACCAAUCUCCACAUCUGUGCCAGCUGCUCUCUCAUCCAUUGG